AUGACGCGAGCUGCCGCACCCCCGAUGCUGCUGCAGCUACAGAAUGCCGACUCGGUUUCAUCGCAAAUCCUAGCUCUGCGGAGCUUGAAGAAUGAGCUUAUCGGACAUGACCAACGGAAGGAGGCAUACAUCGCCGAGGGAAUCAUCCCAGCAUUGGGGCAGGUGCUGAGCUCGAGAUGGCCGGGAACGCUGGACUCGGAGGACUUGUCCUUGGACGAUCGAGCUGCUCGAAAAGCCGAAGAGUGUGAUGCUUGUCUCCAAGCUACUCUGAUUGUCGGAAGUUUAGCACAAGGUGGCCCAACGUUCCUCACUCCGCUAUUUGCCAGCAACAUACUUCCAAUCCUUCUAUCAAUACUAUCGUCGCCGGACUGUCCAGAAUCCUUUUGCAUUCCAAUCCUCCGACUCUUGAACACGAUCGCCGAUCGAUUGCCAUUACAGAGCCAGGACCAAUGGCCUCGGAAUACCCAACUGGCGGACCUGGUGUUCACGUCGGCGAAUAUCGGCUUUCUCAGACGCACCCUGUCGCAGGAGUACCGAACUGUGCGCAAUCAAGCUGCCAUCGAACUCACCGCCGCCUUGAUUGGCAAGCUAUGCUCCGAGGAAGCCCACAAGACGGCGCUGGCAGAAUCCGGGGUGCUGGACGCCCUGGCACUCAAGAUUGCCUCCUUUGUCGUGGCCAAGGGAUUUGUGUUACCAGGGGCCGAAGAACACCUUCAUGAGCCAGGGGCGUUGGAAAGUCUACCCCUCCCAGCGCCACCAUCGGCCCAGCUUGCGCCGGUUUUGCGCGCAGUGGCAGUCAUCAUUGAACAGUCAAAGUGGCGGGCCGAACAUUUCUUGUCGUCACCAGGAAUUGUGACGGUGUUUCCAAAGCAAGUCCCCGGCUUCUCUCCGUCGGACAUCAGAAAGGCUCCUUGGGGAUCCACAUAUCUGUCGGGCUCCGCAGUGCCCCGGCAUCUUGGCACGAACCCUAUGGAGCAGCUGCUACCCUCGGUUCCUUUAGCACACUCGAAGUCUGCGUCAAGCCCUGCCAACUUCCCACCUUUGGGACAUGGAGGGUCCCAACGUCGCUCCAGUCAUUCGUUAGCCUCGCCUUUCUCGCUGGCUGGAACACAUACUCCCGAGGACGAUGAAAACAUGAUUGUUCCAUGGCUGCUCUGCACUCUGCGCUCCGAAAACGGUGUCGUGCGAUUGAUGGCGGCGCGUCUUGUCACGGUCCUCUUUCGGUUGGGUCUGGCAAAGAAACAUCGAGUCCCCAUGUUCAGCUAUCUGUUGAUUCCAAUGCUAGUUCGGAUGCUUGACAAGGACUUCCGUUUGACGGAGGAAGAUAGUGCUAACUAUGAUGGCUUGAUAUCGCCAACUCAACGCUUGAAGGAAGAAGCCCCUGCCGUGCUGGCGAACCUUGUCAUAGACGAUCAGGAGCUGCAGAGACAUGCAGUAGAAGGCAAUGCGCUGAAGCGACUAUCACAACUUCUCAAGGAAACCUACAACCCCGUCUCUGAGAGCUCUCGCCCCAUGUGGCAUGCGGAGGAUGCCCCGGCCCGAAAUAUCGAGACUCUUUCCCCCUCGUGCCGACUCGGGCCCUCCGGCUACUCCCCAACGCUGUGCCAUGUAAUGCGCUACCGGGAAAAUAUCCUGAAGGCCCUUGCAGCCCUCGUGCCAUUCAAAGACGAGUAUCGCAAGGCGAUCUGCGAACACGGCGUGGUUCCCUACAUCAUCGACGCACUCAAGCCAAGGCCUGUCGAUUCCUUAGCUCAUGCUUCGAUGCCCAGAAAUACUGCCGAGGACGGUAAUCCCAUUCCCACAAUUCUGGCUGCCUGCGGCGCCGCUCGCAUGCUGACCCGGUCCGUGAGCGUGUUGCGAACUAGUCUCAUUGAUGCCGGUGUCGCUGAGCCGCUUUUCACCCUCCUGCGUCACUCCGACACUGAGGUCCAGACCGCGGCAACAGCGGCCAUUUGUAACCUAGCUUUGGACUUCAGCCCCAUGAAAGAGGCCAUCAUUUCUGCCAACAUCAUUCCCAUUCUUUGUGAACACGCCCAUUCAACCAACACCAAACUGCAGAUCGAAUCACUAUGGGCGCUCAAGCAUAUGGUAUACGAUACAGCAAACGACAUUAGAAUGAACAUAGUUCAAACGUUGGGCCCAGAAUGGAUCAAGGAUGUCAUCUCCCGAGACCCAGUGCGCGCAGUAAAUAAAUUUGGAACGAUCGACGAGCUCGACGGCAGCGGGAUCGCCAUGGGGCGGUCCAACUCCGCCGGUGAACAAGUCGACAUCCUCAACCCAAUGGACGAUACUGAAUGGGAUGAGGAUAUGAAAAUGACUGACACCAUGCCGCCAUCUAAGAUGAGCCUGGAUAUGUUCCUCCCCGACGCGCGCCGGCGCCGGAAACUCGUCCUGCACGGAACCCUAGCGCAGACCACCCAAUCUCGACAGGAUGAUAUCGCCGUCCAGGAACAGACAUUUGAUCUGCUGCGCAACAUGAUCUGCGGCCGGGAUGCCCCGGAAAUGAUUGAUUAUCUCUUCCGAGAACUUAAUGAGGACGAUUUACUCGAUACAAUUGCCGAGACGCUACGACCCCGGACCAUUCAGCUCCCUCACCGUCGCGAAGCAACCACCCCCCUCCACGUCCCUAAUGAGAUCAUCAGCGCGGCCUCCGCGCUCAUCAUCCACGUAGCCGCUGGACACCCGCGCCAUCGCCGGGCUAUUGCCUUCCAUCGCGACCUGCUGCGGUCCUUGGGGAAUUACUUCACGCAUUCGCACAAAGAUAUCCGGGCAAACUGUGUCUGGGUAGUUAUCAACCUCAUCUACGAAGAAGACCAACAAGACCGGGAUGGAUGUCGGGAUCGAGCGGUGCAUCUUCGCUCGCUGGGCUUUGCGGAGAGACUCGCUGGCCUGGAGGAUGAUUCGGAGUUGGAUACCCGGGAGCGCACUAAGACUGCUUUGCAUUUAUUGAACAAAUUGUCCCCUGCAUGA